AUGUCGGUGGAGGGUGCCUUGGAUGCUCUGAACCUUUCCACGCAUAUCCGCCAAAUCCUCGAGAAGCGGUCGACGACGACCUCUCAAAGGGAUUCUCUUCAAGAUAUGGAUAUCAUCCACCUUCCUAAGUCCCCGUAUUCCUGUCGUGCCGGUCUGGUAUCCUCUUUUGGUAGGGUGUACAUAUCACGACUGUCGACCAGAUUCCACGUGUCGAAGCCUGUCACCUCAUGCCGCUCAACUCGCAUGCAUGACUUCGAGAAAAAUGUUUCUUCCGCAUCUCUUCGCUCAGAAAACUCGUCCGCUCAAAGAGUGCCGCGAUUCUGCAAGGAUAUCGAGUGUUCGUUUGAAGGUGUUUCUAGCUUUCUUGGACGUGUCUGCGACGAGAAGGUCAGUGCCAGAUACUCUUCGGGGGCGAACAAAGGUAUGAUCACAUUUCACUCACACCAAAUGCUUUCGUUGGGAAGCCUCUGGCUUGCAGAGGUCAACUCUGAAGCUCGAAGCACAUUGAAUCUGACAAGCCUAUUCGUCCACAGAUCGGGACUGUUAUUCAUUGGCAGGGGACAGAGGUCAACUGAAAGCAAUGGGCCAUUUGUGCGGGAGAGUUGGUGUGAGUGA